UUGUAUCAUUUCUACUGUUUACUAUAAAUAUAAACACAAAUUGGUUAUGGUAGUUAAAUCAUGGAUAAUGUUCAUAUACGUGAGCUAAUGCAAUACAUUUUCAUAUGCAAAUGUAUGCAUUUGAAUAUACUGUAAAUAAUUGAUCUGAUCAUCAAAAAAACCCGAAUAACCACUAUAAUUGUAAAGCUGUGGUUUAUUGCAUAUGGUAAUACAAAUUAUUUCAAGUACAAUCUUAUAAAAUUAUAAUAGUAUAAAAGCAUGGUUAAUUUACGUAAGGGUUAUUUUUAAAAUCAAACCAUUUUGAAUCUCUUUGACCUUCUAUGUGUAUAUUGAUUUAUUGUCAAAAUUAUAAAAGAAUCUGUGCUUAUCCUUUUAUAGUCAAUGCGGGCAGUAUGUGUAACAAAAGUUGCAAAACUGUAUUUGACGCAUGUUCCCCAUCAUUAAGUCAAAGAUGGCAGCUGCUUAUCAAAGUCACUUUCUGUUUUCUUUAAACAGAGCUGAUCUGCUCCAGAAAAGAGGCCUGAACCCGCCUCCACCCGGACAGAGUGAGAAAUUGGGUCUGGAGGUCAGUGGGGUGAUCGCUGGCAUCGGUCCCGGGGUUCAGGGGAGCUGGAAGCUUGGAAACAAAGUAAUGGCUUUGCUCGGAGGAGGGGCCUAUGCCGAAUAUGUCAUGCCUGUUCCAUCACAACUCACUCUGUCAGGCCUGGCUGACUGCUCACCAACUUCUGCAUCUCAUUACCCAAUGAGAAGUCUUGGUCUCGCUGAUGGGUGCUGAAUGGAGCGUUGGGAGGUAAAACAGUGGAUGGAGAUUUUCUUGGCAAGCUUUUAAUGAAACAAAUCAGUCUUCUUUGCAGUGUCCUCAGAUCAAAUUGUUUCCAGGUAGGAUUUGAGGAACUCCUAUUGUGUUGACUUUGACAUAUUAAAGGUUAUAUCA